UACGAUACGACCAUCAAUGCCUUUGAUUUCAGGCCAGAAAUUUCAUAUUACCGUUUCUUCUUCUUCUUCUAUAUCCUACGACUUCAGUCUUGAAAUGGAAGCAGCGCUUUCAGUUUCAGUGCCGACAUUGACUCUCUUCUCCAUCUCCAGAGCAUUAAAUCUUCAUUUGUGCAGCAACAAAUCCCCUCUCAUCGCUCGAUGCAUCCACUCUAGCCUCUUCGCUCAUGCCCGAGGAGUUAAUCCUCUGGCUUCCCGCUAUUAUACGUCUCCACUUAGGAGUUCGGGCGCUGCCUUCGUUUCCAAACGCUUACUCCUCCGUUUGGAGUGCGUCGCGGGUUCCGCGGCUUAUUUUGGGACUUCUGGCGGCGGCGGCGGAGUGUUUGAUGGAGGUAAUGGAAGCGGUAGCGGCGGAGGCGGAAUUGGUGGAGGAGGAAAUGACGGCGGAGACUCGAAGGCUAAAUUGGGAUCGGGAGCUGCUGAUGAGCUAUCUGCUUUAUCUCCAGAUAUUAUUAUUCUUGAUGUUACGGGAAUGACUUGCGGCGGGUGUGCUGCAAGUGUGAAGAGAAUACUAGAAAAUCAACCCCAAGUAUCCUCUGCAAGUGUCAAUCUCGCAACUGAGACAGCAAUAGUAUGGCCGGUUUCUGAAGCCAAGGUUUUACCAAAUUGGCAAAAAGAAGUCGGAGAGGCGUUAGCUAGACAGUUGACCAACUGUGGUUUUAGUUCUAACCUGCGAGAUUCAGGACAUGACAAUUUCUUCAAAGUUUUUGAAAGAAAGAUGGAUGAAAAGCGUAACCGUUUAAAAGAAAGUGGUCGUGAGCUUGCAGUCUCUUGGGCUUUAUGUGCCGUGUGCCUCAUUGGCCAUCUUGCCCAUUUUUUAGGAGCUAAGGCUUCAUGGAUGCAUGCAUUUCAUUCAACAGGGUUCCAUUUGUCGUUAUCUUUGUUUACUUUGCUUGGUCCUGGGCGUCAACUUAUCUUUGAGGGUAUGAAAAGCCUUUUCAAGGGAGCUCCAAACAUGAACACUUUGGUUGGUCUUGGGGCUUUAUCCUCUUUUGGUGUUAGUUCACUAGCUGUCUUGAUACCAAAAUUGGGUUGGAAGGCAUUCUUUGAGGAACCAGUCAUGUUAAUAGCAUUCGUCUUGUUAGGAAGGAACCUUGAACAAAGAGCAAAAAUCAAAGCAACCAGUGAUAUGACUGGACUUCUUAGUAGUUUGCCCUCACAAGCUCGUCUUAUGGUUGAUGGUUCAAUUGUCGAAGUUCCUUGUAACAGUCUCGCUGUUGGAGACCAAAUUGUUGUACUACCAGGAGACCGUGUUCCAGCUGAAGGAAUAGUCAGAGCAGGUAGAAGCACCAUUGAUGAGUCAAGCUUUACUGGGGAACCAAUGCCAGUUACCAAAGAGCCAGGGAGUCAAGUUGCAGCUGGAAGCAUAAACCUCAAUGGAACUCUAACAAUUGAAGUGAGGAGACCCGGUGGUGAGACUGCAAUGGGAGACAUUGUUCGUUUGGUGGAAGAAGCACAGAGCAGGGAAGCUCCAGUGCAGCGGUUGGCUGACAAGGUGGCUGGACACUUCACUUAUGGAGUGAUGGCUCUCUCUGUCGCUACCUUUAUGUUCUGGAAUCUGUUUGGCGCACAAAUUAUUCCAGCUUCCAUUUAUCAAGGAAGUGCAGUUUCACUUGCCCUGCAGCUUUCCUGCAGUGUUCUGGUUGUUGCUUGUCCAUGUGCACUGGGUCUAGCCACACCUACAGCUAUGCUGGUUGGAACUUCAUUAGGGGCAACAAGAGGAUUGCUUUUGCGUGGUGGAAAUAUUUUAGAGAAAUUUUCUAUGGUGAAUGCAGUUGUAUUUGACAAAACGGGAACCCUUACCAUUGGCAGACCUGUUGUGACAAAGGUUGUAACUCCAAGUGGCAUGGAUCAUAGCGAUUCCAGACAACAUUCUGAUAAUAUUUGGUCAGAAGAUGAAGUUCUUAAGUUGGCUGCUGCUGUAGAAUCAAAUACGAUUCACCCAGUUGGUAAAGCGAUUGUAGAAGCUUCCCAGGCUGCAAAAUGUCCAAAUAUAAAGGUGGUGGACGGAACAUUUGUUGAGGAACCUGGAUCUGGAGCUGUAGCUGUCGUUGAUGAUAAAACAGUGUCGGUUGGGACAUUAGAGUGGGUUCGAAGGAAUGGAGUUCGUGAUAGUUUGGUUUUGGAAGCAGAUGAGGAGCUUAAGAAUAAAUCCGUGGCUUAUGUUGGAGUGAAUAAUGCGCUUGCCGGUCUUAUUUAUUUCGAGGAUCAGGUCAGAGAAGAUGCCAGGCAUGUUGUUGAUUCUUUGCAUAGGCAAGGAGUAAGUGUGUACAUGCUUUCUGGGGACAAAAGGGCCACUGCCGAGUAUGUUGCAUCAAUUGUCGGAAUUCCAAAGGAUAAAGUGAUCUCUGAGGUUAAACCAGAUGAGAAGAGAAACUUUGUAAGUCAACUUCAGAAGAAUCAAAAUGUGGUAGCUAUGGUUGGUGAUGGAAUCAAUGACGCUGCUGCCUUGGCUUCGGCACAUAUUGGAGUUGGCAUGGGUGGUGGUGUCGGUGCUGCAAGCGAAGUGUCUUCCAUCGUAUUGAUGGGUAAUCGGCUGUCACAGUUGCUUGAUGCCUUGGCGCUUAGCAGGCUAACAAUGAAGACGGUGAAGCAAAAUCUUUGGUGGGCCUUCGCAUACAACCUUGUUGGGAUUCCAAUAGCUGCCGGUACAUUACUGCCGUUUACGGGGACCAUGCUUACGCCAUCGAUUGCCGGAGCCCUUAUGGGUCUCAGUUCUAUUGGGGUGGUAACAAAUUCAUUGCUUCUAAGAUUCAGAUUUUCCUUGGAACAGCAGCAACCUCACGGAUCAUCAGCGCAACCGCAUGCCACGAUCGAUAUUAACACGGAUUUUGCAGAGGAUCGUGCAAAAGGAAAAUUGAAGAAACCUGACUCCAUAACAUAACUUGAAGCUGUGCCUGUUUUCAGUGUCUCCCUCUUAGAUGGAAACGAGGUACAAAUACAGAACUUUUAGUAAUUAAGGAGGCAGCCCAAUUAGUUUUAACCC